UCGUUGAGAAUUUACUUUAUAUACUUCGUUUUCCUCUUUGUUUUCGAUUAAAUGGGUUAUAUUCUGUAGUUAAACCAUUUAAAUUCAUUUGUAUACAUAUUUUAAUUCCGCUGUCAUAAUGUUAGCUACUCGUUUAGCGACGACGGUUCGCACCAGCGCUGGCGCUAUCAGUCGGACCCGAGUCACCCCUCCAUGCGUCAACUCGCCUAUACCAAAACCAUCAACUAUUGCCACUUCUAAAUUCUCAACUUCUCGUCACACACAUUCAACCAAAAAGCCUAGCAAUGGCCCUUCGAAGCCAUCUGAAGAGGAAAUCCAACCUACGCCGAUUAGUUUCAAGGACCUUGGUAUGACUAGGACCACCAAGAUCGUAGUCCUCGUGCUCUUAAGUAUAUAUGGCACGUUCGAAACCAUUUUUUACAUCAACUGGUUUAUGCGAUGGUGGUCGGGCUCUGAGGGCGACGAGUCUGAAACUAAAGCCUAAGCCUAGACUAGCUCGCCUAGUUGGCUCCCGGAGGUCAGCCUGAUGAGGCUUUGCUUCUAAGAAUGCAAGGGAGCGUCAACCUUAGUUUGC